AAGUUUGAGUAAGAGAUAAGGAAGAGAGUGCCCAGCCGCGCCGAGUCCGCCGCCGCCGCAGCGCCGCCGCUCCGCCUGCUCCGCCGGCUCCGCCGCCUCCGAUUGGACUCCCCGAUCGGCGAGGGCGCGGCGGCCGGGCAGCCCCCGGGCCGCGGUCCCCCCUGGCCCGCAGCUCCUGCAUCCUCUCUGUGGGCUGUGCACCAACCGUGCAACCACCAUUUCACUGUGGACACUACUCCCUCUUACCGAUAUGGGAGACAUGGGCGAUCCACCAAAAAAAAAACGUCUGAUUUCCCUAUGUGUUGGUUGCGGCAAUCAAAUUCACGAUCAGUAUAUUCUGCGGGUUUCUCCGGAUUUGGAAUGGCACGCGGCGUGUUUGAAAUGCGCGGAGUGUAAUCAGUAUUUGGAUGAGAGCUGUACGUGCUUUGUUAGAGAUGGGAAAACCUACUGUAAGAGAGACUAUAUCAGGUUGUACGGGAUCAAAUGCGCCAAGUGCAGCAUCGGCUUCAGCAAGAACGACUUCGUGAUGCGCGCCCGCGCCAAGGUGUACCACAUCGAGUGCUUCCGCUGCGUGGCCUGCAGCCGCCAGCUCAUCCCGGGCGACGAGUUCGCGCUGCGCGAGGACGGGCUCUUCUGCCGCGCGGACCACGACGUGGUGGAGCGGGCCAGCCUGGGCGCCGGCGACCCGCUCAGCCCCCUGCACCCGGCGCGCCCGCUGCAGAUGGCAGCCGAGCCCAUCUCCGCGCGGCAGCCCGCCCUGCGGCCGCACGUGCACAAGCAGCCGGAGAAGACGACCCGCGUGCGGACGGUGCUCAACGAGAAGCAGCUGCACACGCUGCGGACCUGCUACGCCGCCAACCCGCGGCCCGACGCGCUCAUGAAGGAGCAGCUGGUGGAGAUGACCGGCCUGAGCCCGCGCGUGAUCCGGGUCUGGUUCCAGAACAAGCGCUGCAAGGACAAGAAGCGCAGCAUCAUGAUGAAGCAGCUGCAGCAGCAGCAGCCCAAUGACAAGACCAACAUCCAGGGGAUGACAGGAACUCCCAUGGUGGCCGCCAGUCCCGAGAGGCACGACGGUGGCUUGCAGGCCAACCCCGUGGAGGUGCAGAGUUACCAGCCGCCAUGGAAAGUACUGAGCGACUUCGCCUUGCAGAGUGACAUAGAUCAGCCUGCUUUUCAGCAACUGGUCAAUUUCUCCGAGGGAGGACCGGGCUCGAACUCCACCGGCAGCGAAGUGGCCUCCAUGUCCUCGCAGCUCCCGGACACCCCCAACAGCAUGGUGGCCAGCCCCAUCGAGGCCUGAGAACACUCACGCAGAUGCAUUUUUUUCCCUGUUGGAGACAGUGGGCGCCCAUCCCGUUGAACUCCAAAACACGAGUAUUUAACGACCCAGUCCAUGGAAACUGAAUUGAGGAAAUGAAUGCUCCAUGAAAUGCACGAAGUCUGUUUUAAUGACAAGGUAAUAUGGUAGCAACACUGUGAAGACAAUCAUGGGAUUUUACUAGAAUGAAAACAAACAACAAAGCAAAACCCGAACCCAACACUCACUAUCCAGUGACCUUAGGAGGACUGAGGAAAAAAAAAAAAGACGUUUUUAAAACGUAGAGGAUUUAUAUUCAAGGAUCUCAAAAAAAAAAAAAAAAAA